UCUCUAUCGCUCUCUUCUCUCUCUUUUGGCCGACUUCCCAAAAAAAAUGAGGCCUUCCAUGUUCAGAUCCGUGAAGUCCGCCGUAGCGAGAAGCUCCUCGGCCCACGUCGCUCGACGUGGCUGCUCCUCCGAAUCCGUCCCGGAGCGCAUGGUCGCCGUUCUCGGCGCCGCCGGGGGUAUCUGGCAGCCACUGGCUUUGCUGAUGAAGCUCAACCUUCUGGUCUCCAGGCUCGCCCUUUACGAUAUCGCUGGGACCCCCGGUGUCGCCGACGAUGUCAGCCAUAUCAACACCAGUAGCAUUGCUGGGUUUGGGAAUUGGGGGUUGAAGGAAGGUAAGUUUUUUUUUUUUUUUCCUGAGUAGAACAAAGUUGAGUUUUUUUUCUAGGAGGUUCAAAGAUGAGUUGGUAAAUCAAAUGAGUGUUUGGGUAUUGGAGGUUGAAGGAAGGUGAAGCAUUUUUGGAAGGAGGAGACAGAUAAGCGUGAGAGGGAGAGACGCGUGGGAGGAGAGAGAAAAGUUUUUGUGAAUAAAUAUUGGGUGAAUAAAUUCUCAACAGUUUUUUUGAGAUUUUUAUAGGGAAGGAAAUGGGUUUUAGGGUUUCUUAAACCCACUUAAAAACAAUUAAACAGAAAACUCAAAACAGAAUAUAUCCGAUGGCCUUGCACUCGCACAUAGAGCGAGUCCUAUGGGGCCAGGACCAAAUCGCCCGCCGAGUCGCCGAGAUCGCCUCCGAAAUCACGGCCGAUUUUAGCGCCGGGGAUUCGGCUCAUCUUCCGCGGCCGCCACCUGUCCUGGUGGGCGUGGCCACCGGGGCCUUCCUCUUCUUGGCCGACCUGGUCAGGACCAUUGACCUUCCCAUCUCCGUCGAUUUCGUUCGCGCCCAAUCCUACGGCUCCGGCACCCUCUCCAGUGGGGCCCCCGUACUCUCCCUCGACCUCAAAGUCGAUGUCAAGGGCAAGCACGUCAUUCUGGUUGAGGACAUUGUUGAUACGGGAAGCACACUGUCGUGCCUGAUUUCGCAUUUGGAAUCAAAAGGAGCAUCCUCUGUGUCGGUCUGUGCCUUCCUCGACAAGCCAGCUAGAAGGAAGGUUCACUUUCAGCUAGUGGGCGAAGGAAAAUUUUACCGCGGGUUUGAGUGUCCAGAUUAUUUUGUAGUGGGUUAUGGAAUGGACUUUGCAGAAAUAUACAGGAACUUGCCCUAUAUUGGUGUAUUGAAACCUGAAUAUUACGAGUGAUUUUAUAGCGGUAGCAUAUAAAGUAUGCAACUUUUUAUACUUUAGUGUAUCUGCAUUCUAUGAUUUAUCUUACUCCACCAGAUGGAGGUGUAAUAAUCUCUCCUUUGUGAGAUGAUAUUCAAAUACGAUUGGAGUUAUUUUGAGGAUAUUUUUCC